CGGCCACGAGCUCAGCUGUGUGAGCUCGCCGGGUCCCGGAGCCCGCGGCCUGAGGGAUGGACGAGACGAGCCCACUGGUGUCCCCCGAGCGGGCCCAACCCCCGGACUACACCUUCCCGUCGGGCUCGGGCGCUCACUUUCCUCAGGUGCCGGGGGGCGCGGUCCGAGUGGCGGCUGCGGCCGGCUCGGCCCCCUCUCCGCCUGGUUCCCCGGGCCACGACCGAGAGCGGCAGCCUCUGCUCGAUCGGGCCCGGUGCGCGGCGGCCCAGGGCCAGACCCAAACCGUGGCGGCGCAGGCCCAAGCUCUGGCCGCUCAGGCCGCGGCGGCAGCGCACGCCGCUCAGGCCCACCGCGAGCGCAAUGAGUUCCCGGAGGACCCCGAGUUCGAGAUCAUGGUGCAGCAGGCCGAGCUGGCCAUCGAGCGCGGCAUCUUUCCGGAGCGCAUCUACCAGGGCUCCAGCGGAAGCUAUUUCGUCAAGGACCCCCAGGGGAAGAUCAUUGCUGUCUUCAAACCCAAGAAUGAAGAACCAUAUGGGCACCUCAAUCCUAAAUGGACCAAGUGGCUGCAAAAACUGUGCUGUCCCUGCUGCUUUGGCCGUGACUGCCUUGUCCUCAACCAGGGCUAUCUCUCAGAGGCAGGGGCCAGCCUGGUGGACCAAAAACUGGAACUUAAUAUUGUGCCCCGUACAAAGGUAGUAUACCUGGCCAGUGACACCUUCAACUAUAGUGCCAUUGAUCGAGUGAAGUCCAGGGGCAAGAGACUUGCACUAGAGAAAGUGCCAAAAGUUGGGCAGCGGUUUAACCGCAUUGGUCUACCACCAAAGGUCGGUUCAUUCCAGCUCUUUGUUGAAGGCUACAAAGACGCAGACUACUGGCUGCGUCGCUUUGAAGCAGAACCGCUCCCUGAGAACACUAACCGGCAACUUCUGCUGCAGUUUGAGCGGUUGGUGGUGCUGGAUUACAUCAUCCGCAACACUGAUCGAGGCAAUGACAACUGGCUGAUUAAGUACGACUGUCCAAUGGAUAGUUCUAGCUCUCGGGACACAGACUGGGUGGUGGUAAAGGAGCCUGUUAUCAAGGUGGCGGCCAUAGACAAUGGGCUGGCUUUCCCACUGAAGCACCCCGACUCCUGGAGGGCAUAUCCUUUUUACUGGGCCUGGUUACCCCAGGCAAAAAUCCCAUUCUCUCAGGAGAUCAAAGAGCUGAUUCUUCCAAAGAUUUCAGACAUUAACUUCCUCAAGGACUUGGAGGAGGACCUAUAUGAACUCUUCAAGAAAGAUCCUGGUUUCGACAGAGGCCAGUUCCAUAAGCAGAUUGCUGUCAUGCGAGGACAGAUCUUAAAUCUGGCCCAGGCGCUGAAAGACAACAAGAGUCCCCUGCACCUCGUCCAGAUGCCACCUGUGAUUGUGGAGACGGCCCGUUCCCAUCAGCGGUCUGCUACUGAAUCUUACACACAGAGUUUUCAAAGUCGGAAGCCCUUCUUCUCAUGGUGGUAGCCCUGGAGGCUGAAGAGGAGCUUGUGUCUGAGACUUGGACUGGGAGGAAAGCCUGGGGAACAGGUUGCCGGAAAAGCUGGAGAAGCUGGUGUUGACCAGUGCCCUUCAGAGCCCUCCUCUGCUCACCACCCCUCAGGGCUUUCCCAGACACAGGGAGAAGCACAACCCUAGGGAACGUGGGGGCACCCCAGCCCUUCUGAGUGCUGGGGUUAGCUGGAGUUCCCUGCGAGGAGGCCAGAUGCCUGGGAAAAGGAGCGUCUCCCUUCCGCAUCUCCUGGUGAUGGGCUGGGAAACCCUCCCUCGCUUCCCGCUCACCUGCAAUUGCUCAUUAUUGGUUAUAUUCUGCAUCA